AUGAGUGAGGAGAAGAAGAAGCUGUCGUCCUUCCUGACGGCGAUUGAGAAGGUGAAGGAAGAGGAUAGUGUGUGGACAAGCGAUAAGCAGAUUGAUCGCUUGCUGAGGCCAGGCGCCAAGUACAGAAAUCUCAACCCUUACGAGGUGUUGCAAGUCAGCCCUGAUGAUGACGAGAAGAAGAUCAAACGGCAGUUUCGAAAGCUGUCGUUUCUAGUGCAUCCGGACAAGAACCCGGAGAAGGUGGACCAAGCAAAACUCGCCUUCGAUGUCGUCAACACCGCAUAUCAGACCCUGCAGGAUGAGGAGAAGAUGGACUGGGUUCAUCUCAUUUACCGCGAGGCCGAAGAAGAGUUCCCCCACAUGUUGGAGCAGCGGCGCAAGGAAGCAAAAAAGAAGAAAGAAACAAUCCCUGAAGACACGAGCGAAGAGCAGCACAAGGAGUCGUUCCGGCGCUUUCUGAUGAAGAAGUUUGCGGAUAUGGAGAUUGAGAAGCAGAAGAUCCUGUCCCGCGACUACAAGCAAGCGCAAAAGGAGCGGCAGGCCAAAGAGGAGGAGAUUGCAAAGGCAAAAGCAGAGAAGGAGGCGAGAAAGGAAUGGGAGGCUGGGCGGGAGGAGCGUGUGACGUCGUGGAUGAAGUUUGCAGAGGCGAAGAAGAAGACCAAGAAGAAGAAGAAGAAAACCAAAGGCUUUACCGGCGGCUUGCGACCCCCAAAACUCAAGACAGAGAAGCGCUCGUAA